AUGUUGUACAUCGACGAGUGUUCAGACCCAGAUCACCAAGCCGGCUGCAACCAGAAGUGCUACAACUCCCCCGGUAGCUUCCGCUGUAUGUGUGACGAUGGGUACCGGUUCAGAACCAGCGAGAAGAUCCACUGUACAGAUAUCAAUGAGUGUCUGCUGUACCCCAGUAUCUGUGAGGAACCGGCUCAAUGUGUCAACAACCCUGGCAUGUAUGAGUGCCAGUGUCCCCCGGGCUUCAGUUACAACUUCACCUUGCGUUCCUGUUUGGAUGUUGACGAGUGCGAGGUGGGCGUGUGUGAGGGCGUGUGUGUGAACACGAUGGGUAGCUACUCCUGCCGCUGCGAAGGUCGUCAGGGCCUGCGGUUAGCGGAGGACCAGCGUUCCUGCGAGGAGGUGCCGGUGUGUGUCCAGCUCUACGACUACAAACACGCUGAGAUGCUGUACCUGGGAGAACAAUUCACCGGAGGGCCUGUCAUAUACCUCCGCUUCAGACUACCGGAGAACACCAAGUUUGCUGCAGAGUUUGACUUCCGUACGUUUGAUCCAGAAGGGGUGGUUCUGUAUGCAGAGUCUUCCCAGGACUCGUGGUUCAUGCUGGGGCUGAGGGGAGGACGGAUCGAGGUCCAGUUCAAGACCCAGCACUCCCUGAAGGUCACCAGUGGGGGCAAGGCCAUCAACGACGGACAGUGGCAUGUGAUCUCAGUAGAUGAACUCGAGUCCAGUAUCAAUGUUAAGAUCAGUAAGGAAGCUGUGAUGAGCAUCAACAGCCCUGAGAGUCUCUUUACGUCCAUUAACGGGAAACUGGAGACCAAGGUGUACAUCGCAGGGCUGCCCAACCGCACCGACAGCGUCAUCAAACCGAUCAACCCUCGCCUGGACGGGUGUAUACGUGGCUGGAACCUGAUGAACCAGGGGGCGUCUGGGGUCAAAGAGGUUAUUCAGGAGAAGAAGAGUAAACACUGUUUCCUGCACGUAGAGAGAGGAACCUACUUCACUGGGGCAGGACUGGCUCACUUCAACAUAGACUACAUAACCACAAUGAUGACACACUCUGUUCGGACAUGUAUAGGAGGACUGCCAGAUGAGGUCCCAGUCUCCGCCACCCCAGUGACAGCCUACUACCACGGCUGUAUGGACGUCAACGUCAACGGUCGCCUGUUAGACUUCGACGAGGCAGACACUAAACACAACAGCAUUAAGUCCCACUCCUGCCCCCCUGUCUCGCCCCCCCAAGACACUCUCUGACGACCCCCCCCCCACCACUCACCCUACAGGAAGUGACCUCACAGCCAGGUCGACCAAUCACCACACAUCUCUGUCCUGAGGCCCACAUCUGUGUAUAUGAUCCUCUACCUAAUGAUUAGGAGGAGGGGGAGGGAGG